AUGGAUGAGAACCUGAGCAGGGGCUACGUAGCACUGGGCAAACGUGGCAACAUUUGUCCGCUGGCUACGCCUCCGGUAGACAACAUGGGCAAGACUUACAUGGCUAUGGUACUGGCGGGCGCCGGUUUUCUGUUUCCAUACAACAGUUUUGUCAUGGCUGUGGAUUAUUUCCAAACCAAAUAUCCUGUUUCGAUGGUAGUUUUUGACAUGACGAUCGUGUACAUUAUGGUGGCGUUUGUCGCUGUCCUCACCAACAACUUGCUCGUCGAAACACUGUCUUUCACGUGUCGCAUCAAUAUCGGUUAUGCACUGACGAUUUCGAUGCUAUUGUUUGUGGGUUCCGUGGAAAUUUUGUGGGAUGAAUUAUUCACGCUGGAUACGUCAUAUUGCCUCAACUUGAUAGCCAUUGGACUUAUUGCAUGGGGCGCGACAAUCCAGCAAUCCAGUUUUUAUGGCUACACCAGUAUACUACCUAUAAAAUACACGCAGGCCGUCAUGAUCGGAGAAAGUGCUGCUGGGCUUUGGGUGUCGAUUAACAGAAUAUUCACGAAAAUGUUGACAAAAGAUUUACGGAUAAGUACGUUCAGUUUCUUCGUGAUUAGCUAUCUGGUAGUGAUGACAUCGUGCGUGCUGUUUCAAAUAGUCCAAACGUCUGAUUUCGUAAAAUUUUACAUUGCCCGGAGUGAAGACUCGAAGAAAAAGAUUUCAUUGGAACCAACAGAAGAAUAUGUCGAUUCCGAACAAUCCCAACCAGAACCAUUUGCUGAAACUAGUUUGAGUACGGGAAAAAUAUUUAAAGACGAAAAUGCAUUUAGCUUUGCAAAUCCAAUGUAUGAUCCGAACGCGAAUAGUGUGCCAACGUAUAAAGUUGAAGACGUCAUGGUACACGUGGAAACAGGAAGUUCUUUUAAGCUACGAAAAUCUACCUUAUCUGAAUUUUGGGAUUCAUUUAAAAGUGGAUAUAAACUGAGAAGGGAAGUGUCGAAGAUCAUAUGGAAACAAAUGUUGGCGAUAUUUCUGUGCUACUUCGUGACGCUGAGCAUAUAUCCGGGAGUACUUUCCGACCUAGUCAGCCCAAGAUUCGGCACGUGGAUGCCCGUACUCGUGAUGACAGUAUUUAAUUUAUUCGAUCUUAUGGGAAAAUUAUUGGGAGCGUAUUCGUACGAACGUUGGGAUGACAAAAUACUGAAGAGCACCAAAAAACGUCUGUUCAUGAUUCCCGCUAUUCUACUAAUCGUAAUAGUUCAACAUCCAUUCCACACGAAAAUCAUCAGUGAAUUCAUGAUUAUUCUACAAACAGCCGUGCUCGGCGUAACUAAUGGCAUCACUGGCAGCGUUCCAAUGAUCUUUGCGCCAGCUAAGGUCGUCGAAGAACGACGAGAACUUGCAGGUAACAUAAUGACGAUCUCGUACAUAGCCGGCACGACGGCGGGCAGCAUAUUCGCUUACGUGCUGGACAGGAUCAUACACUACGAGAUCGGCUUUUCGGUGAGUUGGGCCGGCGUCGAUUAUCACAAGACGAUGGUCACCGGCGUCACAACGGUCAGUCCCAUCGAGCUGUUCAAUUACAGCCACGUCACAGCCGACCCGGUCAACCACACCGGGUCGUCGCCACUGCAAACGACGGUCACGCUCGCCACGCUGCUGCUGUCGUCGGCCGCGCGUGACAUCAAUUCCACGACGACCGUGUUCCCGGGAUAACCUCAUCGAUAACCGACGGGUGACCCCAUGUGUACAUACAACCACUACCCAUAUUACUACGAUAUUAUUAUCGUUUUUUUUUUAAAAAAAUUAUUAAUAUUUUAUUGUAAUUUAAUUACACGUUUGACACGAUUGGCGGGUGAUCGAAAAGUUGAGAGAGUGGCGCAUGACGGCUUUAUAAUAAUAUAUAAUAUAAUAUAUAUAUAUAUAGUGCUGUGAUAAUAUUGGCGUCAUCGUUCAGACCCAAAACCUCGAUUGUUAUAUUUACUAACAGGUAACUAAUGAAUUAAUGGUUAUUUUGAGCGGAUAAAGAUGUUGGUGUUGACAAGUGCAGGUGUUUUGAAAUUAUUACAACAGUGUAGAAGCUAAGCAGUAUAGAUAGCCUAGAUAGUUACCUAUAGUACUUACCCAUAUUAUCUUAUAAGUUAUAAGGGUAUAAUGCGUGCGGGACUACAAGUAUACUACAGUAUACCUUAUAUUUUUGCAAUAAUGAUGGUAUAACUGUAUAAGUAUAAAAUAUAAAUUAUAAUACAAUACAACUUAUAAGUACCUAUAUAGGUACUGUCGUCUGUACAAUAAAACAUUUUUUUAAAACUCACUUUAUAAUAUCUUUGUUUUCCACUCGACCCUUCCGGUCAAUUAAUAAAAUUGUAUAGUUAAUGAUAAUAACAUCAUAAUUUAUUAAGAUUUUGAGAUAUUAUAUUUAUUUAUUAAUUAUUAGUCUCGAAUCGAGUAGUGGUUUCGAACUAGGUAUAUAAUUAUAAUGAUUAGGUACGUAUAUUAAUAUAUUAUUUUAUGCAUAAGAUUUAUUACGUUUUGGGUUGCGUGACUUUUCGAUCGACCUGCAGUGUUAUACUUAUAAUAAAUUAUAAUACCUAAUCGUAUAAAUGACAUAAUAUUAUGUCUAUAAUUAUUAUUUAAAACGUUAAAUUUAUGUGUACCUAUCUACAACAGUCCACUGCAAAUGCAAUAGAAAGGUAAAAUAAGUAAUAAGCUAUCUAAUAUAGUAAUAUCUACAUGUUCUAUUUAUAUAAUUAUAUUUAUGUCAUAACAUAUACCUACUUAUACAAAAAGCUAAAAAAUAGUAAUAACAUGCUAUA